UUAGAGUAUGUAUGAUUAAUCGCUAAAGUAAUAUAUCUGUAUUUUGUGUUUAUAAUCCUUUAAUUCUUAUAUUUAAUUUCAUAUUGAUUAUGUAUCCUUAUAUGUGUUUUUGUUCUUUGCACCUUAGUGUUUACCUGUGGCAUGUGUUUUGUAAAAGUUAAAUGACCCAUUUGGGCCAAGGUUAUAAUUUGUAUUUAGUAAUUUUAAAAGUAGGACGUUGGAGGAUGUUAUGAUUUGCAUGCAUUACGAUUAUAAUUCAAAAAGAGUACGGCGCCCAGAAUGGCAAAUAGUUAAUGCUUAAAAAAAUUUCAAUUAAGUACUGUUUUCGUAAGUAUUUGUCAUAUGUUACGGCUGUUUUUUUACUUGUUUGUAAGUGGAAUGUUGCCGAAAUGUGUUUCCUUAUAAUUUUUAUUAAUUGUAUCCAAUUUUUGUUUGUCACCUUGUUUUAAGUAAGAGGUGUUGCUGCUUUCCACCUACUCAAAAGCAAAGUGUUUUGGUAUGUAGUUUCAGUGUUUACUUACAAUGGACUAUUUUUAAUUGUUUUUUAUGCAAGAAUUAUCUCUGAUUUUCAUUAUCUGCAAAUAAAUAUUUCAUAAUUCGCGACCUACAAAGGUUUUUAAAGUUUAGUUUGUGUAAGUUGUGGGGUCAUUCCAUGUCAAAUCAACCAAAAAAAAAAUACUGUUUUCAACCCGACCUUCUGAGAUAAGUCUGAAUUUUGGUACGUUGGUAGCCCUAGUAAAUACUAACAUAGAGCAGGUUUUAUUUUAUUACUAUCCCUUCCAGUUUUUGAUUUGUACAGUUCCAAACAUGGUCAAAAUUAUGUUUUUUUUUGCUCGCAAUAAAAUCUUGAUUUAUUUAUAGGUUGAGUUCUAAUAAAGCUGGAACAGUGAAAAUAAGCUCAUUUUUGAGCUUAUUUGCUGGGCUUUAAUUUGAUAUACAACAUAAAAACAUAAAAAAAAAAUAAUCACUUUUCAAAAACUUUUUAAAAAUUGUAUAUUCUGGUUUUUGAAAAAAUGUACUUUUAAAUUCAGAAAAAAAUAUAUGUUAAAGAACAACAUACUGACUAUGAAUGCUGAAAGUUUUAUUUUGGGAUGCCAAUGGGAUCAUAUUAAAAUACAAUUUUAUGUAGAGUGGCUAUUUUUAUCAUAGGAAUUCACUGCUUAUUUUGUUCUUAUUCUACUCUCCCUGUAGUUAUAGGGUAAAUAAGAUUAAAGUAUUUUUUUUACUGCAAAUUUAGUUUAAAUGUGAUGGCAAUAUACUAUAUGCAGCAAUUUGUAGGCUAGUUAUCUGUAUUAUGGACAAUUGAGUAUUAGUUAUAAGUCUAGGCUUAUACUGCAAACUACUAGCUUUAUGUUUUGUGUUUAUUAUUUUAUUUUCUGAUUCAGUUACAAUAGAACACUGUAUUAUAGUAAAUUAUGCACAAUGCCGAAAAUUUCUGCAUUAUGCUGUAAUCCAUUCAGUCAGAAAGGCCAUAACAAUCACAAGAAGAACCUACGAAAUGUUAAUGAGCGUAUGAUCAAAAAAUUACCUUCUUUAGUGCUGACUCAAAAAGUCUGUGAUAUGCAGAAGAAAAAAAUAUCAAAAAUUGUAACUAGGCCUCAACCAGAAUUAGAUAUAGAAUCCCAGAGCUCUCAAAGUUCUGAAGACACAACAAAGAACGUUAUAACUGAUGUUUUUGUAGACAGUUUGAACAACUCUUUGCAAAUAUUGGGUGAGACACCUAUUAAGAAAAAGUGUUUAACUUAGCUGAAAAGAACUGGGUAUUCAAAAACUAAAAUUGAAAAAUUAUCCUCUGCAGUAAAAAGAGAACUUAAUGUAUCGCCAGAAAAGAAAAAAGCCAACACAUCUGAAUCUGAAAUUAUUCUUCAGUUAAAAGAAAAAUUCAAAAAUUGUUCUUCCAGAAGUGAGAAAAUAACAGUGUUAACAGUUUUACCUAAAAGUUGGCCAGUAGCAAAAAUUCAGGAAGAGUUUUCAUGUUCAAACUAGUAUAUGGUCAGGAAAGUUAAAGAGCUAGUUAAAGAGAAUGGAAUUUUGUCAUCACCCAACCCAAAACCUGGAAAAGUCCUUGAUAAAACAACUGUUGAAUUGGUGAAAAACUUUUAUUGCACUGAUGACAUUAGUAGAUCCAUGCCUGGAAAAAGCAACUUUGUUGCAAGAAUAAUGGAUGGGGAAAAAAAGUACAAAAAAGAUUAGUAUUAACUAACCUAAAAGAAAUUUAUGCAAAGUUUAAAGCUCCGUUCACGGAUGUUCAAAUAGGUUUCUCAAAAUUUGCUGAACUAAGGCCUAAAAACGGUUUGUUAGCAGGUGGAAGUGGCACGCACUGUGUUUGUGUCUGUACAACACAUCAGAACUUCAAACUUAUGCUGGAUGGUUGCAGAAUAUACAAAUUAACCGGAGAAGAAGUAAUAUACAAGCAUUGUUUUGCUAGAGUUAUGUGCAAUGCCCCUUUGCCUUGCUGCUACUUCAAUGAGUGUGAAUUCUGUCCUGGGUCUGGACUUUAAAGAGAGUUUUUCGAAACAACACUAGACUCUAACAACAUUGACCAGAUAACUUACAAAAAGUGGGUUACAGUUGAUUGGACUUCUUUAGAAACGAUGAUACAAACAACAAAAGAGUUUAUCGAUUGUUUGAUUGAAAAGUUGGACUUGCUGAAACGACACUCCUUUAUUGCAACACAACAAUCUUAUUUUCAAAAAAACACAAAGUGUGACCUCAAGGUAGGAGAGUUUUUGGUAGUUACUGAUUUUUCAGAAAAUUACACAUUUAUAAUACAAGAUGAGGUCCAAGGUAACCAUUGGACGAACAUUCAAGCAACUGUCCACCCUUUUGUUGCCUAUUACAAUGAUGAUAAUGAAAUCAAACAUAUGAGUUAUGUUGUAAUAUCUGACCCAUGACACAGUUGCAGUACAUCUAUUCCAUUCAUAUUUAGCCUAAUUGACUUUUUAACUGGAUAUUUUGGUAAGAAACCUACCAAAAUGUUCUAUUUUUCAGACGGCUCAGCAGCUCAGUAUAAGAACAAAAAAAAAUUAAUUUAUGCCAUCAUGAAGAUGAUUUUGGAAUCAAUGCUGAAUGGCAUUUUUCUGCUACUGCCCAUGGAAAAGGAGCCAGUGAUGGUGUGGGUGGGACUGUCAAGAGACUAACAGCUCGUGCUAGUCUUCAACGACCUCUCUCUGACCAGAUCCUGAGCCCUGAACAAUUUUACUUGUUUGCUAAAGAAAAUAUUAAAGGCAUUCACUUUCAGUUCUCUACUUCAGAAGACCAUUUAAGACAUGAACUCAGCCUCAAAGAAAGAUUUGACAAAUGUUGUCCAAUCAUUGGAACCCAGAAGUUGCAAUCUUACAUUCCUCUGACAAAAAACAAAAUCAAGACGAAACUGUACUCUAACUCAGACAAAAGUGAAGUUGUGCUGGUUACUGAUUUAGACACUGAUCCUGUACCCUUCAGUAAAAUAACACAUGGUGGGGUAAAUAUGUAGUUGGGCGGUAUUUGCGAAAACAAUUUUUAAAAAUCCGAAAAUACCUUUAUUUUAUGCUCUUCAACUUCCUCUUUUCAUUAAAAGUGGCGGAGGUAAGAAAUUCCAAAUACUUUAGGAGAUAUUGAAUUUUUAAAUUUCAUCAUAUGUAGUUGAGCGGUAUUUGCGAAAAAAAAUGUUAAAAAUCCGAAAAUACCUUUAUUAUAUGCUCUUCAACUUCCUCUUUUCAUUAAAAGCGACGGAGAUAAGAAAUUCCAAAUACUUUACGAGAUAUCGAAUUUUUAAAUUUCAUCACAAUACCAGUGCCGUGAUGUGGCGGUUAACAUUGUUUCUUGUUUACGUACGAGGUACGAGUAUCUACUUUUUUUAUUGGAUAAUGAUGUCGCGUGAUUGUUCGUGAUAGGCCAGAAUUCAAACGAACCAAUACGUGAUUAUUUAGUUCAUUUAUUGUUUAAAACGGUGUUUAAUUACCGCCUCCAAUUUAGGUGAGUUUUUAACGUUUCUAAUUUUAAAGUCUUAUUUGUGUUUUUGAUAUUGUUGCGCAAGUAAUAACAAAAAAAAUUUACGUGAGUUGUUACUGUGCAUCCUUUGUUACGGGUUUGUUAGGUAAGGUCAGUUACAUUAUAAAUAAUUUAAAACUAAAGAAUAAUUAAAAUUAAUUCACAUUAUUUUUAAUGUCGGCUUAGUUUGAAAGUAUUAAUAAUGUAACUGACCUGACCUAAUCAACCAUUUUAUUAAUUACGCAUUGACGAUUCACGUAUUCACGAACACACUGCAAAAUAACAAAAAAUGGCGUCGCUUGAAUGGUUCCAUAGGUCUUGUAUUGCAAAAUUAAAAAAUUCGAUAUCUCCUAAAGUAUUUUGAAUUUCUUAUCUCCGCCGCUUUUAAUGAAAAUAGGAAGUUGAAGAGCAUAUAAUAAAGGUAUUUUCGGAUUUUUAACGUUUUUUUUUCGCAAAUACCGCUCAACUACAUAUGAUGAAAUUUAAAAAUUCGAUAUCUCCUAAAGUAUUUGGAAUUUCUUACCUCCGCCACUUUUAAUGAAAAGAGGACGUUGAAGAGCAUAAAAUAAAGGUAUUUUCAGAUUUUUAACAUUUUUUUUUGCAAAUACCGCCCAACUACAUAUUUACCCAUGGUGGCUAUAUUGCCUGUAAAUAUGAUGACCACUGGUGGAUGGCAUGUGUACUUGAUAAAAGUGAAGAAAAUGAUGAGAUUGAGGUUACCUUUUUGCAUCCACAUGGACCAGCAGCAUCAUUCUCAUUUCCUCGCCAUCUUGACAUUUUACAAAUCAGAAGCAGUGAUGUUAGGGCAACAUUAAAUCCAAAAACUGCCACUGGAAGAACAUACACCCUUUCGCAUUGUGAAAUGCUCCUAUGCUCGAGACUUAUUCAAUGAGUUCAACCCCCAACCUGAUAGAUGAUUUGCACAGUGUAAACUAUUUUCAAAACCGUACAAUAUUUACAUAUAGUGUUCUAAUAUUUUUUUAUAUGUGCUAAAUAAUGUGAAUCAUCAAACAGUUCAAUUGCAACAGUUAAAACAAUUUGCAGUGCAGUUCAGUCAGAAUUGGUAAUUAUCCUACUUGUUUAUAUGCUACAAUACAAUUUUUUAACUACAUAACUGUUUUGAAAAAUAUGCUUAUGAAACCACAAACAAUUAGUGUUUUCCAAAAUAAAAGAUACUUAUUAAUUAUAUUAGGUAGUUGAUAUUAUAAAUUACUUCAAGGCCUACUUUAUUGUUGAAUUUACUGCUAUUCCAACGCAAAUUUACUAACCUUACAGCAGCAGGUUAAAAUAGUGACCCACUCUUUUACAUGAAAUUGUAUUUUAAUAUGAUCCCAUUGGCAUCCCAUAAUAAAACUUUCAGCAUUCAUAGUCAGUAUGUUUUUCUUUAACAUAUAUUUUUUUCAGAAUUUUAAAAGUAAAGGUUUUUAAAAACCAGUAUAUACAAUUUUUAAAAAGUUUUUGAAAAGAGAAUUUUUUUAAAAAUGUUUUUAUGUUGUAUAUCAAAUUAAAGCCCAUCAAAUAAGCUCAAAAAUGAGCUUAUUUUCACUGUUCCAGCUUUAUUAGAACUCAACCUAUAAAUAAAUAAAAAUUUGCUCGCGAACAAAAAACCCUGAAUUUUGGCAAUGUUUGGAAUUGUACAACUAAAAAACCAGAAGGGAUAAAAAUAAAAUAAAAAUUACUCUAUGGUACUAUUUAAUAGGGCUACCACCAUACCAAAUUUCAGACAAAUCUGAGAAGGUCGGGUUGGGGCCUUGGUUGAUUUGACAUGGAAUGGCUCUGUGCGGCAAUUGACAAAUCAACCAAUUUAAUAACACUACUAUAGACUUAUAAAGACAACAUAAAUAAAAAAAAAAACUAUGUGCAUGUAGUCCACGUGCGACAGAAGUAAAACUUUUUGCUUAUCAAGUAUAGAUAGAGAUAAAUUAUUAGUAUUCUUUUUAGUGUAUAAGAGAUAAUUAGAAUAGUAAGGAUGUGGGCAUGAUCUAAAAUGAAAAAUGAAAUAAAAUAUGGUAGCAUUGAUCGUUGGCUGUUACGAAAACUGAGGAGUAGACAAACACAAGCAGCAUUAUGAGAAUUCUGUAGCAUCACUACUUUGUCUUUCUAACUUUCCCCUGCUGUCUCCCCUUCCGGCCAUUACAACUAGCAUAUAGCACGCUACGCUACAUACCUAUCCCCCCUUCUUUUUGGCAUCUUCACAUUUGACCACUAGUGCAUGCAUUUGAGUGGCAUCGCCGCUGAUGUACCUAUUCUCCUUUACCGGUUCCCCACCACGUACCUAACUUCUCCCCUCAUGUGAUCGGAAUUUUUGUAACACUCAAUAAUUGUUGUCUCCCCAGCAAAGAAUUUUCAAAUAAAAAUAAAUAAAGAUUUAUUAUUAAGUUCCUUUUUUUUUAUUUCUAAUGAUCCUGUUAAAGCACAUUCAAAUACUUUCUAAACUCAAUUGUAAUUAACAAUUUAAGUUCUUCUGUGCUGUAUCUCGGUGUUGCCAUGCUUGGGUACAACCUGAAAUCCUAAAAAAAGUUAUAAAAAUAAAUGUAUCAUUCCCACAAACAAAAGGAAAGAAAUUGAAAGCAAAACAGUUUAAACAGUAGCCUAAGGGUCAUUUAAUGUCAAAUCACCUAGAGCCAUGUGCUCUAAGGUUACAGAUUUUGUUCAAAUUUUUUUUUAUGCAUUCAUACUUAUAACAUGAGUAACUGUGAAUUAUUUUAGAAUUUUUUAAUUAAAACUGGAAGAAUGAUAAAUUUUCGAAACUUUCAGUUUUUGAGCGAAUAAUGUUCUCUGACAAUCUUAACCAGUACACUUAAAUUACUAUAAAACCCACAAUUUUCAUGCUAUCUAGCUCAUUUAAAUUGCAAAUAAAAGCUAAUAUUCCAUACUUUGUAGACGUGGACAUAGAGAAGUAACAAAUUCCAUCACAAAAAUUUUACACUGAGCAUGGAAUACAAUUUUAAGCUAUUUUGCACCUUUGCUCGCGCUCAAUACUGUAGCAAGGUUCAAACCAUGCCAACUGCCAUCAUUAUUGUAGCAGCCAACCACGGUCUGACCACCAUCUUUGCCUUGCUGGGUGGAUCUUUAGGUUUCACCAGUUUAUUAGAAACGAACAAAAACAAGGUGUGAUUCCGUCUGAAAUAUAAUUACUCCAUACUGAGGAAACUUAUAACAGAUACAAGAAAAUAUUAACGUACAAUAUUAAUUACAUUCUUAAACAGCUCUUAGGUAUAUUCAAAAAAAAAUUAUUGGCCGGCCGUACAUGGAAUUAUCAAAAGUUUCAUUUACUAAAAAUACAUAAACCAUAAAAAAAAAACCCAUAUAUUAAAACUAUCCCAGUUGAGGUAUGUACAUAAAGUCCAGAAAUUAUGUUUGUAUGAUUAACUUUGUUUGACGGCAUAAUUUAAAGAAAGUUCAAAAAAGGGCCAAAAGAUACAGAAGCACCGGAGGUCGCGGCUUCGUUUCCCGGAGAUCACGCGGGAACAUGAUGCCAGGGCGCUUGUGUCCUGUUGUGGAAGGGAGAUGAAAAUGCCAAUUCGGCGUCCGGCUCUCGGACCCUGUCUGGAACAGUCCGAAUCAAAACUGAUUAGAACUUGUACACAGACAGUAUACGGGGCAGAAAAUGCCCGGAAAAGUUAAGGGGAGGUUGAGGAAAGUCGCAGAUCGUCACUCACCAGACAGGGGAGUUGGCUUCUAUUUACAGAUGCGUCGCCAGCCAGGAACUGGAUCCCGCGAAUACGCGGUUGGCGCGGUCGUUUCUACCAUUUCAAAAGAAAUAAUUUAACAGAAAACUAACUAUCACACUUUGUACUAUGCAGAUGGACUAAACUACAUAAAGAAGAUUAUAGGGAUAGCAGCCCUUAUUUAAGCGACUACAUAGUCGGUUGCGGCCGGACGGAAGUCUUGCAGUGUCUCGUCGACUCGCCGAUAAUCAAACGGUCCGUCUGCAGUCGCGGCGUGAAGUGUAGCGCGGAGAACCGCGUCUCGUAAUUAAAAGUAAAUCUUGAAUCAAAAGUGGAGGGGAGGGGGCUGGGAGUCCGGACCGAAAGGUCCCGAAGUUCCCCGAGUGGGCGUCAUAAAAAAACUCUGACUGAUGUCUCGAAGUUGGUAGCACUGGCCGACCUUAGUGCUACCUGUUGAGAGGUGUCUGAAAUAAAAAGAAUCGACUCGCCGAAGGCGUCUGCUUAAACCAAGGGUCAAAGGGACAGUAGGUGCUACACUCUGGCGGCCUACAGGGUAAGUUGGCUGGGCGGUUAGCGAGUUUGCCGCUAGGUGUCGCGGGGUGGUCCAUCUUGGCACACACAUUUUUUAUGCAAGGCGUCCUUGGAGACGGUCGCUGUCUGCUGGGGUUUCUGACCGGUCAUUGGUCUUAGGCGAAUUCUUAGAACCGAGAGAGGAGGGGGGUGAACAAAAGUGCAACGACGCUGAGAAUGAGCGUCCAUGACGUGCUUUUCGAGGAGAGAACCUAAUACGUAUUCGUGACAGUAAAGGCUAUGGUCAGCUCGUCUCUGAGAAAUGGUAACAGCUCGUCCAGAGCUGCUGUAGGCGGUUUUAGUCAUGAAGUGAAGUAACGUUACAGGCCUGGGACGUGCCUGUAAGCGAGGGAAAUUUUAAGCGGGCAGCCAACAAAGUAUUAGAUCUGCAAAAUAUCAGAUACGUCUCUGGGAAAGGUGCUUCAUACUACUGGCACAAAGUUUAACUUAAAGGAGUACACCAGACUAACAAAAAGUAAAUCGCCCUUUAGUAACCAAAUUAUAGAGCAAAUAAAAUUUCCAAAAAUAAUUUAAAAUUAUAAUAAAAUUAGAAGAAAAAAAACGUGUCAAAAUUCCUAAUUUCCAGCACAAUACCAUAACUCAACAACCACAAUGAGCACUAGCUUGAAAAUUUAUUUUUACAUACACAUUAGCAUUAGGUAAACUAUAUUUGAAAAAUGAAAAGGGUGUGUUUUGUGGUUUUUAAAUUUUAAAAUUUUUAAUACUGAGGUAUGUAAUAAUGCCCAAAUCCAAAGUAAUUGCCACAUAAAAAAAUUAAAAUUAAUUGGGUUUAUGCUAAAUACAAAUCUGGCUUUUUUUUGCAAAGAAACUUACCAAAGUAACUUCGUACUGGGUCCAGAUAAUGUUACUUAGUGUUUAUAGACUAUAUGCACAUCUCACUACUCUGUCAUAUUGUAUGCCAAUUCUUCAAUAAUUUUCUGUUCAUCGGGUUGUAGUGCAUAUGUCCUGCCUGAUGAUGAUGUUGAAGGAACUUGAACUUCUUUAAUACAGUUUUCAUAAGGCACCCAGCAGCAGUCAUCCUUAAAUGGCCAGUGAAAUGUUGACGAAGGACCGCAAGGAUGCAUGAACUGAAUUUUAGAAUCUAUUUCAACAUCUGACACUUCAAGUAUUUUACCUACCUACCACUUUUGUUCAUAUUUAACCGCAAAAUAUUUCUCUGGAAGAAUAUUCACCACUUCUGCAUGUUUCUGUACACCAACUACUGCUGUAAAAGAUUUUUCAGAAACAGAAACUCGUUUAACAAUCAAAGUGUUUUCAUCAGUAGGUUUGAAGUAAUGAUUUUCUCUAGUGCCUGUAAUGGAUGUUGCAUUUGCAUAUCGUUCGAUAAGAAAUUUCUCAUUAUAUGUACUCUAUUUCAACCACAGAUGUGUAAAAAACUUCAAUUCUUUUUAUAUUUUCUGUAGCAAAUUUGAAUAAAUCCUCAGAGUUUAAAAUUUGUCUGUUAACAGUUCUCUGAAGACUGAAUCUUGUAGCCAGUUGUUUGAUUGUACCACCCACUCCAUCACAUGCAUUUUUGCCAUGGCUGGUGGCAAAGAAGCUCCACUCAGCAGAUAGACCAUGGUCUUCUUGAUGGAAACACAAGUUAAUAAAAUUUUUAUAGUUUUUGUACUGUGCAGCACUACCAUAAAUGAAGUAAAAUACAUGACUCAAAUGUGGUAGUUCUCUUCGUAAGUGCUGUAAUAAUGACUUUUGGAAAGUGAAAAAUGCUGUGGUGUCAUGCUUAAGGCAGUCACUUAUGAACAAUGAUUUUGACUUCAAGACAUCAUCACUAUCAGUUUAAUAAACAACAAAUGGAUGUAAGGUAACUUGAAUGUUUUGCCAAUGGAAACCUUGUGCAGCAACUUGCAAAAUACAGGUGUAAUUUUCUGCAAAGUCAGCUAUAAUGACGCAAGAGUUUCUAUCUAAUUUAAUUUUUAUUUGCUUUAGGUAGCUACCGACUUUGCGACUUGACUGUGAAAUGAUGUUUAGUCAAAACCACCAAUUUAUCUAUUAGCAGAUCAACAAAAUCAUCAGCAGACUUUGUCAGUGUUUCAAGCGAUUCACGGUCAGUGUGAAUCCAUUGUUUGAAAACAAUAAUGUCUUUUGUUUCAAAAAUUUCUAAUUGCAUAAGGUACUCACGAAGUACUGACGCAUUUGGACAGUUAGGACAUGUGUGAAGCAUGCAUUCUUCUGAAAUUAAUAUCACAUACCAAUGUAUGCAGGAGCUCUUGAUAUGGUAUGUUUAAAUGAAUACUCUGCAUCAUUAAUUUCACAUUUUGGUGAUAGGUACGCACACACACUGAAUGAAUAUCACGAAUGCCUACAGUUACACAUUCUUUUGAACGCAAUUCACAAAACUUAGUAAAACCUAUUUUAUCAUUAGGGUUUUGUUCUUUAAAAGACAAAUAAACAUCUUUUAAAUUAUGCAAAAUUAGCCUUUUUGUUUUCAAUUCUAUUUUCCCGUGUUCACUUGGUACAGACACGCAGUCUUUUGUGUUGGAAGAAACUCUACUUAUCUCAUCGUCAUAGUAGAAAUCUUUCACCUUCUUUACUAACUUUUCACUUAGAUGAUGACCUUUCCUUUUGUCUAUACUACCUAAAACUCUAUAAUUCUCUAGAACAUUUCUAGCCUUUUUUUUUACCAUAUAUUCAGUUGUGUCAAAAAAAUGAACAGUUUGUUGAAUACUCCAAGAUUGCGGGACAAGUGUCAGUAUUUGAAGUUUUUCAAUAAUUUCAUUUGUUUUAAAUUUUUCUCUUAAUCUAUCCAUGAGGCAACUGCAAUCACUACACUGUAUGCUUGAAUCACUGGCAGUGUUUACAGAGUCUUCAAUGGGAAAAGCUUUACUUGCUGUUUCUGUAAAACUAGCUAAUAAACGCUGAGCCUUACUUUUCAAGUAUGCACUUAUUUCCUCCUGCUUCCUUUUAGUAACUUUUACUGGAGAAGAACCAAUUAGUUUACAACUUUCAUUCAGUUUUUCCAGGACCUGAGAAGGGGUAUCUGGAUCAUAGUCACUGUCUGAAACAUUAUCACUGUUGCUAGUCGCAGACACUACUAAUUUUCUACAGGUUAUACAAAGUUUGGUGCCUGGUAAAAGUUUCACCGUGGUCUGAUAUUUUUUUGAAAAUGAAACUGAAACAUCCUUGAGACAGUUUCUAACAUUUUUGUUGUGUUUUUUAAAUGGGUCACAACAAAUUCUCUGGCGAUCUUCAAAUGUUGUAAGAAAUGUACACCUAUGCUGGUAACAUAAGUUUUCAAUAUUGUGACAAUUAGUUCUUAACCUUAAAAGUUCCUGUUCUCUUUCACCAAAUUCAGAAAAGCAUAUGAAACAUUUUUGUUUACUCUCUGUGUGAGGUGAGCAGUCUUCUUGGAGAUGCAGGCCAACUGAGCACUUGUUCAUUAUUUUAAACUGAUGUGCGCAGCAACUAGAAAACUGUGAAAUACUCCGUUAAGACUCUGAAACUCAUAACUUCUGGACUUACAACCUAUUCACAUUAGAAGCCAGUGAGAGACUAGCUACUACAUGCCCAAACCAACUGUGGUCCCGGGAAAAAUGUGAACUACCCAAUGUCAGACGCACCCCUCCCUCCGCCGUCAUCCCUUCCACCACACUGUCCCCUCCCUUUCCCUAGUCCGCCUCAAGGGUCGAAGCGCGUCAUGUCGCGGGUGGGACGGCAAGUAGAGUUGUUACCAUAAGUCACGACACUGUGCGCGGAUACGGGAAUAUCGCUGUUCAAGUAUUUCACGGAUCCUUUGAAAGCGGAGCAAGGUUUCGAAGCGUGCGUGACUGUAAUAUAACGUGUAUUGACAAAUGGCAUCGGGCAGUACAACAAAACACAAAACUAUACAUAGCCAGUGCAGGGAAGUGAUUAGCAAUGUGAUUGCAUUUUGUGAUCAGGAGAAGGCAUCAGGCAAACUUACCCAUCCAUUAUGUAAUGCAACAAAGCGUGCGGCCGCAGCGACAGGGAAAAUGAAAGGAACAAUAUGCAAAAUUAGAAAAGAAAGUAAAGAAGCCGCUAUCAGUGGGGGAAUUUUGCGCACACCAGGAAAGAAAGGAAAAGCAAGUACAGUAGAACCCCGAUUAUCCGCGACUCGAUCAUCCGAUUCGCGGAUUAACCGCGAUUUAUGUCCAUCAUGUCCAAUUUUUUAGUUACAUAUAACCAAUGACUCAAUAUGUAUGUAAAUGUUAAAAUACUUUGCAAAAUGUAUGUUGGGCAAAGUACUUUUGACUCAGUCAUGUUUAUAUACAAAGAAAGUUAAAAAAAAUACUAGUCGAUACAUACGUAUGUACAUACUAUUUUUGUGUUCCGUGUUACGUGAAUAGAUUAUACACCGGUGCGCGAUUCCACGUCCGCAUGACCGGACUGUACACUCCCGCGCGUAGCACGGCGCCGUGCCACAGAGAUUACCCGGCGCAUGGAGACAGUCCAUUAGUGUACGUUGUUGAAGCGUGAAGGUGGUGAUAAUUUUAUGUAUUGUAACAGUGAUCUGCAUUCCGACGGAUUAUACCGUAGUGUUGUGCGGAAGUGUUGAGCGUAACAUUUCAUCAUGUCAUCAAAUGAACAGAAAAGAAAGCGAGUGGUACUGUCAAUCGACAGCAAAACAAAAAUUAUAGAAAGAUUUCAGAGUGGAGAAACGAUUGCAAAACUUGCGACUGAGUUUGAUGUCGGUAACACAACAGUGCGCGACAUCAUAAAAAAUCGGGAAAAAAUCCUUCAGUUUGCUUCACAGGCUGACACUUCAAGUGGAUUAAAUAAACGAAAGACGAUGAAAGAAUCCACAUUUAGCAGCUUGGACGCUUGUUUGUUUGAAUGGUUUCAACAGAAAAGGUCGGAGGGUGUACCACUAAGUGGCGUAAUUUUAUCACAGCAGGCUCAAAUUUUUAAGAAAAAACUAGGCCUGACAGAAGAAUUCAGUGCAUCGCGAGGUUGGUUGGCAAGAUUUAAAGAUCGUCAUGGAAUAAGAGAAUUGUCCUUGGAAGCUGAAAAACUUAGCGGCGAUACCGAAGGGGCAAGCACAUUUAAAAAGGAGUUCCAGCGGAUUAUUGACAGACACAACUUAGUUCCAGACCAAGUGUAUAAUGGAGACGAGACUGGUUUGUACUGGAAGUGCUUACCAAGUAAAACACUUGCAGCAUCAGCAGAAAAGUCUGCGCCUGGCCACAAAUCGAGUAAAGAGAGAAUCACAAUCAUGUGUUGUGCUAAUGCUAGUGGAGAAGAUAAACUAAAAUUAGUGUGUGUCGGGAAAGCAAAACAGCCACGAUCAUUUAAGGGCACGGAAAUGAAAUAUUUUCCAGCUGAUUACUAUCACAAUAAAUCUGCUUGAAUGACUCGAGAAAUUUUUAAACUGUGGUUCCAUUCCAAAUUCAUACCACAUGUUUCUGAAUUUUUGAAGUCAAGAGGUUUGCCGGUCAAAGCAGUGCUUUUCUUAGAUAAUGCACCAUCUCAUCCAAAUGAAAACGAGUUGAAAUCAGCAGAUGGGAAUAUUUUUGUAUCCUAUUUGCCUCCAAAUGUGACUGCGCUCAUUCAGCCAAUGGAUCAAGGUGUUAUUGUAACAUUAAAGAGGCAUUACCGACGAGAACUCUUAAACUUACUGCUGGAGGAAGAUAGGGCAAUGGUUCAGUUUUGGAAAAACAUGAACUUAAAGGAAGCAAUUUAUCUUGUUGUUAAGGCGUGGGGAAUGGUCUCGAAAGUAAACAUAGUCAGAUCUUGGAGGAAGUUGUAUUGUGACAUUGAAGGUUCAGCUGAUAACUUCCACGGCUUUGAAAAAGAAGACAUUGAGACGGAAAACUUUGCUGAGUCGCUUCAAUCGACUAUAAAAAACAAUGAGCAAUUUGCUCAUGUUGAUGAAGAAAACAUAGAGGAAUGGCUACAAACUGCCGUCUUGCUUCCUGGGUAUGAAAUUAAAAGUGAUGACGACAUUGUCAGUUCGAACACAUGCGCGGCCGCCGAUGUCAGUUCAAGUGAUGAGGGCGACGGGGAAGAUUUGACUCCAGCAAAACGUGUGAAUCUGCAAACUGCGUUAGAGUCAACAGAAACACUUUUACAGUUUAUGGAACAGGAAGAAGAUAGUGAGUUCUCAGAUAUUCUUACAUUAAGAAAAGUAAGAUUAAACUUCAAACGAAAAAUAAACAAGUCGCGACAGAAAAAAGUAACAGACUUCUUUAAAAAACUGUAGAAGACUUAACAUAUUUUCCUUAAAAUGCUUAAAAUGUGUUCAAAGUUCUAAACAUCUAGUUUUAUAAUGUUCUUAAGAUAACUUUUGUAAAAGUUUGUACCGAAUUCCUUUGUUUUCAAUUGCAAACCGCUCCACUUCAACUCCUCACUGUGAAUGUGUCACGCUGUUGGGGCCAUUAAUCAUUCCUCUCGGUGACAGUGACGACAGUAGUGACGAAGAUAGUGGUGGUAAGUCUGACUCAAGUCUGGAAGGGAUAGCACCAUUGCCAGAUAGUGAUUAGGUGUGUACCAAAUCGUAACACUAUCAUAUUGUUGUCUUACGUUACGGUGCUAUUUUAUCGAUUAUUCAAAAAAUAAACAUUGUUUCCUUUUGUGUCGUGAAAGGUCACGGCACUAUUUUCCUGUUAUAUUACUUCUCCGUUAUUUUAUUAGCACCGACUGUACUGAAGUUUGUGUGUGUUGCAACUAGUGCUUGGCACGCAAGAUAAAUUCAGCCUAUCACUAGCUGACGCGGCGCAGUGAUACGACGGUGUUUUUUUAUUUCAAAACUCAGCUAAGAGUGAACGGAGAAUAGAUACGACCCCUCACGGUUCCCGAGAUUAGGGUCGUUAUUUAUAUGUAAUCUCCGAAUGUCCACAGAUGGUUGUCUGUGGGCUAAUGACCUUUGAGGCAAGCAUGACUCGGCUAACAGCGAUUUUCGAUUAUCCGACUCACUCGUCCCCUUCAUUAACACGGAUAAUCGGGGUUCUACUGUAGUAACAAGAUAUUGGUUGAUGAGUUUGACCUUGGGGUAAUAUGGCGCACCGUGCAACAGUUUUAUACGGUGAAAGAAGAGGGUCCAACACUUAAUAAGCUUCUUACAGUGUUACAAGAAGAAAUAAAUUUCCCUGGACGAAAAGAAACUUUGAGAAAAAUCCUGCAUAAAUAGGGUUUCCGGUUCAAAAAAUGCAAGAAUUAAAGGAAAAUAUUAAUGGAACGCAAUGACAUUGUUGCUUGUAGGGGCAAAUAUUUACGUCAAAUGAAAGCAAAUGAGCAGGCUGGUGAAAAGAAAAAAACAUUUGUGUACAUUGACGAAACCUUGAUUCACCCGACGUACACAGUAAGCUAGUGUUGGCAAGACAACGAAACACCCAGUGUUUUGAAUGACAGCGCUGGUCAACGUUGGAUAAUCGUACAUGCAGGUUGCGAUCUAGGUUUCAUUCCAGGUGCAUAUCUCAUUUUCAAGUCCAAAGGUAAAAGUGGCGAUUAUCACGACGAGAUGAACUUCGCAAACUUUUCCAGAUGGGUGCAAGACAAGCUUAUUCCAAAUCUGCCUGCUAAUUCGUUGGUUGUAAUGGAUAAUGCCCCUUAUCACUCCGUUCAGUUAAAUAAACCACCAACAGCCGGUACAAGAAAACAAGAUAUCAUCCAAUGGUUACAGAACAACAUUCCGCAUGACAAUGAUAUGACAAAAUGUGAACUCCUCCAGCUCGUUCGUGGUCGACGUCCACCUCCCAGGUUUCGCAUAGAUGAGAUGUUAGAAGAACAUGGGCAUGAAGUAAUAUGAUUACCACCAUACCACUGUGAGCUUAAUGCUAUUGAGUAUGUAUGGAACAUUGUGAAAUCACGUGUUGCUGAAAAAAUGUCGCUCAAUCAUCACGUACCAUUGAAAACAUCACAACAGAAGCAAUCAAUAGCAUCACCAAAGAAGAAUGGCAAAAUGCUAUUUUACAUGUAAAACAUACAGAAGCAGAGUACUGGACAGGUGACUGUCUAAUGGAGCACGAAAUUGAGAAAAUUGUUGUUAACUUUGGAGAGUCCAGCUCAGACAGUGAAUGGGACUUUUCGGACAACAGCAGCACAUAUUCCAAUGGUAACAUAUCAGGAAUUGAAGAACUAAAUGGCUGAGUGGGCGUUUGUUAUGUGCACUAUGCACGAAACUGUGUUGAAAUGUUUCUUGCAUUUUUUCAUUAAUUAAUCACACAAACAAUAUUUUCUUUGAUUAUAGGCAAAUGUAUACCGACAUGUAUGUUAAAUAUGGUGCUGAGUGAAAUAAUUAUUAUAACACAAACUGUACGAUGUGAUGCUGUGACACACUUUGGUACACACUGUGAAUCUUGGUAGACACUGUGUUUCGCUGUUUCAUACGACUGUACCUUCAGCUUAUCACAACAUUUCUUACUGCAUGACUGCGCUUCAUGGCCAUCGUUUCAUCCGGGUAAUCAUGCUUACAUGUUGCGUACACUUAUGAACGCAUGUGUAUACUCCUUGCUUCCACAGCUAACUGUAUUCCCCUACUGUCAAACCCUCCUCAUUCCCCACCCCUCUCUCAUUGAGACACUAGCGCUCCUGUCACUGCCCUUCUCGGGACCACAGUUGGCUUGGGCGUGUAGUAGUAUUGGGCAAGAAGGCAGCAGUUUACUUAUCAGCACAGUUAUCAUAAAUGUUUUCUGCUUAGCCAGCAGGAGAGAGCCAGCACAGCUAGAGAUAAAAGUGAAGUAUCACUGGGUGACUCAAAUGUAUGGAAACACAUUAUUCCCUCUCACAUAUUACUGAAUUGUGAUGUAGUAGCAGCUCAUUCACAAAUUAAUGCUAGACCAACAUUAUAAUACGUUCAAAAAAAUUUUUUUUUUUAGAAUAAACCAGGUUUUACUGAUUUGCAUAUGAGAUUCGAAGUCACAAAGUUGAUUAAAAAUACUUUAUAACAGUGCAUUAGCUAGUUUAAUAAACAGAAUAAAAGCUUAAUACAUUUUAUGCAUGGAAAAGUAUUAAAAGCGUGAAAUGUGCAUCAACAUAAUGAAAUUAAAAGUCUAGGAUAGCUUGAUAAAAAUAAAAAAUUAUAUAAUAAAUUGCUUGUAUUUAAUAUUGUAAAUAAAAUUAAAUAUUCCUGAUAAACAUAGUACAUUACAAGAUUAAGGAAAUUUUAGCUCUUAAAAUUUGGGCCAUAUGUAUUUUAAAGCAACACAAUAGUGUUUUAUAAUAUGUAUAUUAUACUGUAUUACCCUGGUAAGAUACAUUAAAAAUACAUAAUUUAAAAACCACAAAAAACACCCUUUUCAUUUUUCAAAUAUAGUUACCUAAUGCUAAUGUGUAUGUAAAAAUAAAUUUUCAAGCUAGUGCUCAUUGUGGUUGUUGAGUUAUGGUAUUGAGCGAGCAAAGGUGCAAAAUAGCUUAAAAUUGUAUUCCAUGCUCAGUGUAAAAUUUUUGUGAUGAAAUUUGUUACUUCUCUGUUCACAUUUACAAAGUAUGGAAUAUUAGAUUUUAUUUGCAAUUUAAAUGAGCUAGAUAGCAUGAAAAUCGUGGGUUUUAUAGUAAUUUAAGUGUACUGGCGAAGAUCGCCAGAGAACAUCAUUCGCUCAAAAACUGAAAGCUUCGAAAAUUUCUCAUUCUUACAGUUUUAAUUAAAAAAUUCUAAAAAUAAUUCACAGUUACUCAUGUUAUAGAUAUGUAUGCAUAAAUAAAAAUUUGAACAAAAUCUGUGACAUUGAAGCAGGAUAGUGUAUUUUAAUUAGGUGAUUUGACAUGAAAUGACCCCUAAGUGGUUCUGUUGUCCCUAUCCAACCCCUUCUCCCCCCGCUUCUUUUAAAAUAAAAUUCUGCUUAAGCUGGAGUCUCAAUGCUAUGAUGAACACAACAAGACAAAUCUGAUGAGGGUGUCUUACAUUGUUCCAGUUAAUAGUGUAGUCACUAUACUGUCGUCAGUGGCGUGAGGCACAUCGGGCUGAGGGAGGGCAUAGCCCUUGUCGACGUCAAUACCAUGACAACAUUAACACAACCAACUCUAAUUAUGGCUGUUGGCAAGUCUUGCCAAGCCAAAUGUGUCUAUAAAAUCCACUAGAAACAGUGUAGGCCCUAUAUAAAACCUUUAUUUCCUGUUGAUAGUUGAAGUGCAUAACAAUAUAACAUUUAAUAGUCUCUGGGACUAAGUGAGGUUAAGUUUAUUUUAGAUAAAAGGAAGCAAAAUGUAGCUAUGUUAAUAAGGGACAGAAAGUUAUUCUGUUGUUAGCUAUGCUAAAAUUAAAAAUAAAUGUAAUAAACACUUCAAGGUGCACUACAAAUAUUAAAGUGUACCGAAAAGUAAAUAUAAAUUUCAUUUUUCAACAUUAAGUUUUACCAGGUAGGCAUAUUUUUGAAGUUUAGUUCUGUAAGGUUUAUAUUUUGCUUUCCGUUUUAUGGCAUGCCAUGACAAAAUUAUAAAUAGAAUCAACUUCUUGCGGGCCGUCGGGGUGCGUAUUUAUCGUGUUGAUGUCACUGCGACCUUAUAUUUCAUUGGCUACUGAGAAUGUCAUGUCUGUCGUGUUGUGUUCGUUGUGGCAUUGUGACUCCUGCUUUACACUUCUAAGUCAAAUGCUUAAUAAUUAUUGUAAAUAUUACUUGUAAUAUAAAUAUAAAUACAUAAUUAUUUUUUUUUGUGCUUAAAUAGUGUAGCUUAGACUGAUGAGAGAGAUCUCUGAUCCUGUUGCUGCCGCCCUGCUGUUUACGUGAUACUAGCGGCAUCAUAAUCCUUUGGUUUUCCUGAGAUCCUUAGGAAUAUAACGAGGCUGAGACUGUUUUCAAAAUGAGAGGGAUGUAUGUCAGUGCAUUACGGCUGUGACCAAGACUGUUUUCAACCAUACUGUAUAUUCCACCCUAAUUGGUUUUUAUUUAAGUAAUUUUUGAACAAUAUUCUCUUGGUGGAAAAUUAUUUAGGUUGAGAAAACAGAGUCGGCUAUGCUAUUAAAGUACAACACAAAACUAUGUCAUCACUAUAUUUAUGAUACAGGUAAUAUUUACGUUAAUUUUUCAUCAACUCUUAACCGGAAAAUCCAUUUCACAUGAGACAGGAAUAGUAGUAUUCAACAUUUACUGGGACACUAGCAUGGCUGUGUCAGAGUUACUGUACAGGCGAAUGCAAAAUGGUUAAUUAGAUGUUAAGCUCUUGAAAAUAUCUGAAUGCUGCUCGACAGACUUAUUGGAAAUAAAACAAGGAACUGAAUAAAUACAUUUUCUGGUGUCUAAUCUUCAUUUUUUUUUUUGGUGGCACCCCUACAGUAGACAAUUACCACAGUGAAGAGUUUAAUACCUCGUACAUAUUAGGUGGUGCUUGCUAUAACCAUACAAAGCAAAAUUAUGUAAUAACCAUUACAAAAUACAUAGUAACAUAAGUUGGGGAACCGUUGAGCUGAAUGGUCAGAUCAGUAGAUACUUGCCUGCUACCAAAUGUUGGGGUACGCCCAUUUUCCCGCUGCAUUUAAUUUUUUUUUUACAUUAAAUCAUUUCACUCCUUUUCUGUCUGUAAUGAAAUUUGCCAAAAAGCCCUUGGCCAUUUCACCUUUUUGUCAUCUUCAUGGCCUAUUACAAUCCUGCCUCGUAGCCAGCAUUAAAUCUCACUUGUCAAAUUCACUCUGAAAUGUGGUAAUGUUUGCACUAUAAAUGAAUGUUAGUUAACUAAGUACCUAGUACCACCUAGUAGUAUUGCUCAUGUUUUUUUUCUUCAUGCUCUGAAAAGUUAAAAAAAAAAAAAAAUCUUGAACAGUAAAAAGGCAAUUGAGGUCCUGUCAAAGUUUUUGUUUUGGAAGUCAAAUCUGAUUGGUCAGUAUCAGAAAAUGUAGUUUUGAUAUGUUAUUGUAUUUAUUGUAGCAGUUUGGUUUUAGUGCUUGAACGCUUAACAAAAGCAGUAAAAGUGACUGUUAAUUCAUUAUACACUAAACCUAUCGAGUGAAAAGUUUGUUUUUAAUUGAUAGUUGCUGUAUUCUUGCUAACUGCCUUGACAUAUUUAUUUAAAUUGAAAUCACAGGAUGCAAAAUAUAUAGAAGAACCAUGCAGGCUGCUGAAUUCUAAUGCAAGCUGUCAAGUAAGAUUCUCAAGAUUUCCCCAGCAUGUUUGGUUAGUUUUCAUGGAAGAUCAGAUGAUUGAAAAUCUGCUAGGUAUAUUCAGAUGCAAGUCGCUUGUGUGCACAAUUUUUAUUUAGACAGAAAAAUGUCUUGGAAAGUAAAAACAAAAAAAAAACCCGUUGUACAGAUCAGUUGCUUUCAAUAUUGUAAAUUGAAUAGCAUCUGGACAAUGUCAAAGAAAUGUUUAAAUGAGCUCUAGAAAUUUUCUACUAAUCACAAUAAACAUUUUGGUUUCAUAAAAAUUUGCAUUAUUUUUGUUUUAUACCAAGACUGUACAAAGAAAACUGUUAAAUUGAAAACACUGUUAAUUUUUUUUCAGAUGCAAAACUCAUUGGUUUCUGUUUAUAUAUAGUAAACCUUAAUAAAGUAUAAUUACAGCAAAAUGUUGGAAGGAAAUAAAUUUUUAAAUAUUUUUCCAGACUAGCCAAAUAUUAGUUUUUAUAGAAUUAAUUGAUCUUAUUUUAGACGGUACCACUUAUCUUCCUCUCUGCGACUUACUGGUGUCAAGCACUUUACAUCACUGUGAAUUUUAUUGACCCCUCAUUGAAAAAAAAAAUGGGGAAUGGAGUCCAGCUUGGUUGCAGAAUUCAUAGCCCAGACUGGAGCAGACUCGGCCACUGCUCUCAAGUGUUUGCGAGAUAAAAAUUGGGACAUAAUCAUGGCAAUCCAAACUUACAUAUUUGGCCCGUCUCCGGCGAUGUCUUCCACCUCUGGGGCUGUGGCUGAGGAGAAUGGCAACGUGACCGAGAGCUGCAUCACUGCCACCAGGCCCAGUCUGCACAAGUCUGCUGCAGUCGACGUUACAGACAUAAAGAAGUUGACUCGAGGGAUUUCACGGGCGACUGAUAACGUGAACCUGGUCUCUCGUGCACGUUCUACCAUUGAGAGUGACGUCAGUAAUGUAAACCAGUAUUUUGUUGAAACGCCUGCCUCAACAUUCACCCUUCCUGAUCUGACGGUUUACCCAGAGGAUUUUCGUGCCUUUCUGGAAAAGGAUCUGAUAGAGACUUCGACUUUGGUGUCCCUGGAGCAAGCGGGAAGACUGAACUGGUGGGCUGACUCCGGAGCCUGCCAGAGGUUGUGGCCCCUUGCGACUACUGGAGAUGGAAACUGCUUGCUGCACGCUGCAUCGCUGGGCAUGUGGGGCUUCCACGACAGACUGCUGACCCUGAGGAAGGCCCUGCACGCCUUCCUCAGCAGCAGCGACUGUGCCCCAGCCCUGUGGCGGCGCUGGCGCUGGCAGCAGACGCGCCUCAAUGCCGAGGCUGGCCUCGUCUACUCGGAGGAGGAGUGGGCUAGGGAGUGGGACGGCAUCGUCAACAUGGCGUCCACAGAGCCCCGCCGUCUGCAGGGCAGCCGGCGCCGCAGCAUGAUGAUCGACAAGCCGGGGGACGAGGUGCAUGAGAAUGCCACGUAUGAAAGUUUGGAAGAGAUCCAUGUUUUGGCGCUGGCCCAUGUUCUGAGGCGGCCGAUCAUCAUCAUUGCAGAUGUGAUGCUGAAGGAUGUGAACGGAGAGGAUUUAGCACCAAUACCAUUUGGCGGCAUCUAUUUGCCUCUGGAGUGUCCUUCUGUAGACUGCCAUCACAUGCCCCUGAUUCUGACAUACGAUGCGGCACACUUCUCUUCGUUGGUCACCAUGGAGAAGGAACAUUUUGGGGAUGGCAGUGCGCAGCCCCCGGCAAUGAUUCCUCUGACUGACUCGGAACAUCAGUUGCUGCAAAUACAGUUUGUGAUAGAUCCGGGUGAACAUUUUCCUUUGAACAGCGAUAUAAACCCUCAGCAUUUUGAGUUAACAUUUCAAGAGAAGUUGGCACUUCUCAAUGAAUACCUUGAAGUAGUGCAUGUUUCAAUACCCACAACUCCAUGCAGUGAUGAAGUGUGUGAUCCUAGCGAUGAAGACGACAUCGAGAAACGUUUCAGUGAACUCGCGGACGUGGGGGAGCCCAACAGUGAUACAACAGCGGUGGAUGUAGGUAUUUUUGGCAACAACUGCAGCAAAGCAGCGAAGCAGUUUCAGUCUGUGGCCAAACAGUUUGGCAGCAUUGGAAAGUCUGUGAGUAAAAAACUGAAGAAAAAUCUUGGUUCGAUAACCAAAAUGACUCGCUCUAAUUCUCAGAAGAAAGUCAGUCCGGUGCGGCAGACCACGAAAACAAGUGCCUCUGUUUCGCGUUCUCAAGAUUAUAUACUGUGUGCUGCGUUGCGUUCGGACAUACGACCGGACCACCAAGACGAAAUGAUGCGCAACUACCUGCAGUCUGCACACGUGCGUUUCCAGAACGACAAGGACAUGAAACUGUGCCAGGCCGAAGAACGCCGUUGGAAGGAAGAGCAGAAGCUGAAGGAUGUGCCGGCAGUGGAAGGUGCCUCUGAAUGCAUCAAUCCCGGAUGCACGCUGAUAGCAUCCGCGGCCACGAGCUACAUGUGUAGGUCAUGCUACGAGAAGCAGCGAGAUCAGGAGCUGUCUACGAACAUCAACUCCCCACUGCUGACCCGUAGUGUCUCACUUGUCGACGAUCUAGGCACGCCACGUUACGGAACAGGGAAGUCUAAAUUUUAUGCAGAGUCCGACGUUCGCUCUCACAACGUUAUCAGCAGACUUCCAACGACCAGAGCUGGCAGCAAUAACGACCACACGUUGUAUCUUUCAAAGUCCACGUUCUACGAUGAUUCUGGUUGUCCUCCUAGCUUGAGCCCACAAUUCCCUGGGUUCCCUAAUCAGAGCAUAGGACUUAUUAAGAAUGGUGGUGAGACAAACAGCUCUACGAAACGGCCACUUACAGGAAGGUACAGUUUUGGGCAAGAGCAGAGUGUAAACCCAUCAUCUCGACCUCGUCUCCACAGUUACAACAUGUCCAAACUGUGGGAGAAUACAGCUGGGGACUCAGCAUCUAAAUAUGCUGUUAAUGGGGGACAAGAUCACAUGCUAGCGCCUUUGCAAGAGCAGCCUGCCAGCAGCGCGGUGGCUGGCACUCGCAGUGUGUCGGUGGCCAUGCUGAGUGCCCAGCCGAGUGGGGACCUGCCGGCCGUGGAGCAAGUGAGCCGCCCGAGCUCGGAGGGGGUGGCCUGGGGCGUGUGCCUGCCCAUCGUGGGCGCCCAGCCAUGCCGCAGCAGCGACUGCAGGUUCUUCGGCAGCCCCGAGUCCAGCUUCUACUGCUCCAAGUGCUACAAGGAGAGACUGCAGCCGGCCGCUUCCGUCACUAGUGUCGCAGUACGCGAAGUGAAGAGGUAGACAGAUAUGCCAUUUGUACGUACGUACGUACAUAUUGUGGUAGGUGUAUCGCUGCUGAAGACUGCCACAUCUUGUUACUGUAGCUAUUUAUUAGGAUUUAUCUCUUUAAUUAAUAUAUUUUAGUUAUCUUGUAGCUUAAUGCUCGUUGUUAUGCAGUAUACUUCUAAUCAUCUGUGCUGAUUCUCAAAGGUAAUUAUUCCUUUAUGUGCCAAAAUAAUAUGAAUUUUUUUAUUCUUUCUCAAAAAAACAUAUGUAUCAGAUUUCAUCAAUUAAGAAAACUUCUUCCUGCUAUAAUGCUGAGUUGGCCAAAUAUGAAAAUGAGUGGCACUUAUAACAUAAGUAGUGAGUACAGUAAUGGUGGUAAUAGUGAGAAUUUUUAUGCUUGACUAUUUUCUUGUCAGAGUUUUAUUGGACCACAAACACCAGAUGUUGUGCAUUCUCUAUUUGCUCGAUAUUAAUACUAAUUUAAGUAAAAAUCUAUUUGAUCAGUAAACAGUUAUCCAGUUUAAACAGAAUUUUUCUGAGCACUACGAAAAUAAUUUAAGGUAUCUGUUUUAUUACUUUUAGGUUUCAUUGUAAUGUGAUGAAUAUCAUAUUUCACAUGCUUGUGAGCUUGAUAAAAUUUAUGUUAUAAUACAGUGACAUUACUUAAUCAGUUAAAGUAUUUUCUCUUAAGUAUAUCAUACGUCUAUAGUGGCAUUGGAUUGAGAUAUAAUUUUCACAAGUUGUAAACGAAUGAAUUUUAUCUUCCUGAUUUUUGCCCGGCAGUCUAACCAGCACGUCCUCUUAGUGAAUAGCUUGAGAGGCAAACAACUAUAGCAUAUAAUAGAUAUCAAUUAGUGAAUGUGUGAUAAAAUUAAAAUAGUAAUAAGAUACAACAUUAUACUUGUGUUCAAGUGUGUAUCUACUUCAUACCACCAUAACUAACACAUAAAAGGUUACCCAACUAAUUAUUCUACUCAGUUCAAUCUUUGUUAUAUGUGCUACUAAUUAGUAGCUACUAAUUAUUUGCUACUAAUUUAGGAGUUAUAGUAUAGUAUAAAUGUUAUAAACCAUAGGACAUGUUUUAGCUAACCUUACAAUUCACAAAUUCAAACACCCUAAGCAUAAUCCUGAAUUGUUUGUAUUAAUUAAUGCAUUAAUGGAAAGACAGUAAAUAUUAGUUUGGAUGAAAAUUUGUGUAUGCAGUUGCAUGCACUGGUGUUGUGUGGGUGUAUGGGUUCCAUUUAAUCACAAGUUUCACAUGAUUGCAAAGCGAUGUGAAACAAGAGAUUAGUUAUUGUGUCAUAGUUUGAUGUUUGAUAGGUAUGUAUUUAGUACAAUAGGAUUACAAAGUAUGAAAACAAACAGAAAUUUGUUCUCAAAAGUGUUAACUAUGAGAAUUUUAUAAUAAAUUUAAUUUUUAGAAUUAGUAAUGAAUCGAAAGUCAACGUAGAUAAUUCGGAGUGUACUGCACAUAUAAUGGUGUUGCGCAUAAUGGGUCAGUGUAGCCGUGGAGGUAAUAUUGCCUGUAUGGACAUAUUUUUCAUUUAAAUAAUUCGCAAUAAAUGUUUAUGUGCCACUCGAAUAAUGUGGUUUAUUCUAUAUACACUGUGCUAUAUGCAAAAUGAUAUAGAGAUGAUUACUGUGCUUCCCAUUCUCGUAUAAUCGUCGCACAUUUUAUUCUAAAAUCAAGUUUGAAAAGUAGGGGUGCGAUGAUUAUGACUUAUGAGGAAAAAAAAUUUUUUGUUAGGUAAAGUUAUUCAUAAAAACAAAACCUGUUCAUGGAAAGUACGUUUAUUUAAAAAAAGGUGGAGUAUACAAUAGCACGCCAAACAAUCUAUAUUAAUAAUUCCUUAAACAAAAACCUUUCUUCAACUUUAAAUAGAAUAACCAAAACUCUAAUGCGAACGCAAGCCACUUGAAUCUGACGUGAACUAACGUUGUCGUAGUACAUACUUGCUACGAAAGAAUGCGGGCUAUCAUAUGUAGUUAACUCGGCACCUGACAGAGAGCACAACUCGGCACCUGACAGACAGCGCGCGUUGCAUCCAAUCGGUGAGAUAUUGAUAUUCGACUACGUGCGCGCGCUCUAUACGGGAAGCAACAUAACCAAACAUGAUUGAUGCGCUGGCUACAUUUUUGUAAGCAGUACGCCGCGGUAACGCAUACAAUCAGAUAAAGGAAAUACCAUUAAAAAACGGUUUUAAAAGAAAAUUUACACGUCAGACAACUUUGUAUUUCCGUUAAUUAAAUAAAUAAGUGGUAAUGACCGAAAUUAAAUUUUAGAUUAUUCCUUCACCGUGGCGACGCAGACGAUCAGAUAAAGGAAAUAACGUUUAAAAAUGUCUUUAUAAGAACAUUUACACAUCAAACAACUUCGUAUUUUUCCUUUAAUUUAUUAAGUAAGUGGUAAUGACCGAAUAAAUAUUCGAUUUCUACUUUAAAAUACAUAGUUUUAUACAGAAAAGAUAACUACACAAAGCGCUCUGCAUCUACUAGCGGGAUCAAAAACAUCAUGCGACGUUUACGCGAGAAGUUUUUUAUCCCAAUUUUGACAGCCUAAAGUAUGGUUGCGACGAUUACGCGUGUGCGACCAUUAUGCGAUAAAACACGGUAUGUAAUCAUUAAUAUAGCACUGGAGCUUAUAGGUGCCUGCACUUACAGUAUUUCAUUCAACCAAUUUUUCUAUGUAUGUUAGAAUAUUGUGGUAUCCUAUAAGCAAAACUUGUGUGUCGUGAAAAUAAUAUUUUUUAAACUUUUUAUUAUAAUGUAGCAUUUCCAAAUUACUGUUGCUUCGUGCAGACAAAAUUAAACAUGUAAUACUUAUAUAUGUAGCUUUAUUACUUUUUUUAUUCAAAAACUUUAAAAGUUGAUCUAAUACCCUAAAUAGUAGGUAUAGUGUUGUACAUAUGCUUGCACAAUACAUGUUCAUUUCAAUAGCAAUAAAUAAGUUUCUAUGUUUAAACAAAUAUUACUUUUGAAGGUUCUUCAAAGUUGCAUUCAUAAAUUGUUUUUUCAACCAUAAAUUCUCCAGUUAAUUUUUUUCUGUUCUGUUUUACACCAAAUACACAAAGGCUUAAAAAGAGUCUUAAACUGCUAAAGAUAUCUCAUAACUCAUAAGUGUAAUACCAUUUUAUUACUUUUACUAUUAUGAAAUUGCUAAAACGUGAACUAUUCUAAAUGUUACAAUAUUGAUUUACAGGGAUUAAUGGUAAUUAUGCUGGCAGAUAUAUUUUUUAAAAUGGAUGUUUUUAUACAUGUGAAUAUACGCUUAUUCUUUAGAACUGUAUUACAUAUUAAUAUAUAUAUAUGUAUAUAUAUAUAUAAAGGUGUUUAUAUUGUAAAUUGUAUAUAACUAUUUUUACUUUACUCACAUUGAAAUAUGCCUCACUAGUCAUGUUAUAAAUCCUUGUUCAUCUGUGAUGUACCAUGGCAGGUUGUUUAAUGCCACUGUUUGUAUAAUUUGUGUCUUCUUACCACAAGAAUUACAUUUUCCACAGCAAGCAUGUUAAUUAUACAUCAUGUCACUGCUGUGGCACCACUCCCAUGAAACUGAAGUGGAACAAUUGUAAAUAUUAUUAAAUAUGAAAAUAUUGUUUGCAAGAAUCAGAGGCAACAGUGUUUGUUAAAAUAAUUGUGUUUAACAAUGUUUCUCAACUGUUUUAGAAGUAUUAAAUGUGAAUGUUUGUUUUUGUGGCAUUAACGUCAUCCUCCUUUCUACUUUACCCAGUGCAAUGUGGCAGCUAGUUUUUUUCUGAAGGCAACUACUAUUUUAGCUAUGUUAAAUGUAUGCAGUACAUUUAUGAAGGUUAGCAUGUGGUGUUAAAAACCACAAACAGGGAAAGAUUAAAGUUCUUUAAAUAUCAUUGAUCAUCAACAUUAUGCUGGAAAAUCUUAGCCUGUAUUAAAAUCAUUCACUCUUGCAUUCCCAAACAAAAUUGUAAAGUACUGCACAGUAAUUACGUUGCAGUAGAACCCCCAUUUUAUAUUACUGCUUUUAAAGUUUUCCCUUUAUUUACACCAUUUUAUUUUGGUCCCAUUUGAAACUCAUUUGACGCAAUGAAAUGCAUUUCCAUUGAUUACAACGCGCCUGCAAUCUGCUUCCCGUAAUUUAUGCUAUUUUUUGAUACUAUACCUAGAAAAUUUUUUAUUCCCGUUUUUGUCAUGUACAUUGUACAUAUGAAUAUAACACUUUCGUGUGAAAUACCAAAUCCAAAAUGCUGUUGGAAACACUAGUGCUGUAGCUCCUGGAUUUUUCAAUAUGCUCUUCCAUUAAAAACUGUAUUGACAGGUUGCCAACGCUGGCCUGAUAAUUGCAGACUUUGAUAAAAUGUUAGUAUGCGAUGCUAGCGCUUCAGUUUAUAAAAAUCCCGACUGUCCAUCAGUAACUUAUACAAACAGUGUUACGUACAGUUUGUACUUACGGUAUUCAUCUUUGUCAACGUCCGUUAAAAGUAACAUGCUCAGUAACAAAUUUAAAAGUAAAUAAGCUUAAAAUUUUGUCUUUUACUGUGGGUAAUACUGAAUUUUAAUCUGUACAUAUUUUAUCAUUUUAUCAAAAUGGCAGCAUAUUAAAGAUGGAAAACAUUUUCAAUUAAUGAAAAACUAAACAAUUUAAAGUGCUCGGAUGAGCACAAAGGUACUCGUGUUCCACUCGCUGAGAGGUUAGGCAUGCCCAUGGUGUAAGGAAGAGGAGGUGAAACCGUCCGGCCGCCCAAACUCGUCCUCCACUGCACACGACGUCACCUUGGUCGCACCGCCCGGUCUACACGCAGCGCGCUUACGGGAAUACCACCCACAGACAGUUUAUUUACAAUCGUUUGAAUAUUAGAAGUUACCACGAAGCGUAAAAAUACUUUGCUAUGUGCAUUGUAUUGCAUGUAUUUAGAACAUACAGUUUAAAUAAAUAUAUUAGUAGGUUUAUAUUAAUAAUAAAAUUAAUGAAGCAAUAUUUUUCGGCUGUUUCAUCACUUCAAAUGUUGACUGGGUCUUGCAUUUAUCUAAAUACUGUAAUGGCCAUGAAUGUCAACACUGUCUAAAAAAAAAAAAUGAUUGUACAUAAAAUGACACAGAAUGGUAAUGGCAAUAGGAAUGAAUAUACUUCGAAAAUAUUUAUUAUGAAUAAUAAUAAAAUAGAGAUAAUAAACAUUAUGGAUGCAGGCGACAAAGAAUUACACAAACAUAUUACAAAAAAAAGCAUGACACAAAACAAAUUUUCUAUAAAUACUUAUGUGUAAAUGUAAGCACUUUUGAUGUAUUUAUUAAUUUUAAUUAAUUACAAACAAUAAACAAAAAGAUAAAUAAUGAUAGAAAAUAUAUUUUAAAAAUAUAUUUAAAACAUAUUAUUAAACCAAAUAGUUUUACAAUAUUUAGCAAAAAACAGCUUGCAGGCAUUACAAAAUUUUUAGGUACAAAUUUAUUUGUCCAAUGUUUAUAAACUGACUAUUAUCUGUCUGGACUUAGUAUGAUACCUUUGUAUUACUGCAGAAGUUGUUAUUAUCCAGUGUAUAUUACUCUUAUCGGGGGGAGGGGGGGGGGGGGGCACAUGCCCCUGUGCCCCCCUUCCCUUUCUGGAUUCGCCUAUGGAGCACACACGCACAUGCGCUGAGAAUGUACUGAGCGAUGAUCCCUGCAAAUUUUAUUUUUAAGUAUUUAAAACGUCAGUUUAUUUUAACACGUUAAAUGCUAUUUAAGACGUAAAACACAAAUUCUUACACGGAGAGACAAAACAAAAUUGUACCAUUAUCUAAACACUCAAAUGGAAAAAUUGGCAAAGAUAAAAUUAGCAAAACAAUGAAUUCAUUUACGUUAAUUUUCAUUAUUGUGUGUAAACCAACAACAUAACACAACACAAGCAGAUUGUAAUGCUGAAAUCUUAAAAUACCUUUAGGUAACUAACAUAUUACUAAAAUCAGUAUCAUCACAUGUAACUAGAAAAGUAAUUCACUUUCACGCACCGCAUUUUGAGCGGUAUUUUGCCUUAACAUUAUUAAGUUAAAUACAUAUCGUAAUGAAAUAAAAAUAAACUCCUUCCAAAGCCUAUACGAAUUCAUUUAAAACAAACAUAUUAGGUCUCGAAUUUCAAAAGUGGUUGUAUGUAAGCCUAUUUUUUUUUUUUAUAUUUUAUAAUAAUUAUCUCACGGUUUUGCUUGUAUACUUAAAUAUAUUUAAACGUAAUGAUAUACGUCCUCCACACUCCAUUGAAGAGAACAUUUUCAACGACAGAAAAAAUGUGCAUGUUUCUUUUUGAUGUAUAGAGGGUUCACAUUCCUACUUUCAUUCGAUGUGUUUACAGGUUAGUUUUAUAACAAACAAAAAAAAAUUGAACUAAAACCUGCAGUUCUUGCUGAUGCCCGCAAACACAAACAUUUUAGUUUUUAUUAAUGUGUGUAUAUAUAUAAUGUUUAAAUUUAAUUUUUAAUAAAUAAAUUCAAUAAAUUACCUUUUUACUGUGAAAGACUUUAUUAUUAUAGAUAAUAACUCGCUAUUUUGCACGAAAUAUAUUCCUUGACCUAAAUUUAACCUACAGUUAAUCAUACAAAAAAAUAAAAAAAUAAAAAUCCUAUUAUGAAACAAGUGACAUUUCUACUUAAAAUCAUGUUUGUUUAAACUUGCCUCUGCUACCACAGAAUUUGUCCUUCCUUUUACAUAUGUUCACCCACUUACUGCAAAAAACAUUUUUUGGAAAAGAAAAAUAUUUUAUGCCAGAAUCUCGAGUCUUUUUGAAAUGAUUGUGACAUCCGAACACUGCACAAUUUGGCAUUUCAACUACAUAAAAGCACUAGGAUUAUGUGAGCACCAACAGUAACAAACGUUCGCACGAGACGCAGAUGAAAUGGAUGGGAAGGGCCUGGAAGAAAAGCGCUGGCUACAACCUUUGAAUAUAUAUACUGUAUAGAAGUCGCCAGCCCAGGUUAAAAUUUCUAAUACGGUUUUGAGGUAGUUGGUUAAUUCACCGCCGCAAUCGCCACCAUCUCUAGGGCAUCGACUUGUGGUGGUCCCUAGCGGAGAAGUGUCGAACUCUUCCAACACCCCUUCCCCCUCCCGUUGAACGACCUUGAGCUGCAGUGAAUGAUAGGUGGGGGGGUGUAGGGAAUGACUGCGGGCGACAGUGCUGCGCUCUAACGUGCAAAUAACAACCUAAGACGAUACAGGGCGUCACUGCAGCGCCCUGCAGCAGUGAAGUUCCUAAGCUGCUCAUCAUACGCUCCUGAAAAACGUAGAGAAAAUCCUAUCCACUCGCGACUUCUAUACAGUAUAUAUUUUCAAAGCUACAACCAAGGUGACGUAGCGAGGGAGCGCGUGGAGGGGGAAAACAUGUGCACGGUUUCAUCUCCCCUUCCUUAUACCAUGGGCAUGCCUACCUAUUUCAACUCUGAAAAAAAUUGUGAAAAAUCAGUAAGUCAUUGAAGGAAAUUCAGCUCAACAUGGUGGUUUUUCAAAGGAAUGAAAAUACAUUUGUGUAAAUGUCUGAUGCUAAUAAUUAAUAAAGGAUGAAAGUAUGUACAUAUACUGUAUGCAUGCUUUCCUAUACUCUAUACUAUACAGAAUGUAAAUAUGGGACUUUAAUGUUAAUUAUUCUGUUUAUAUAUGCUUCAGAAAUGCUUAAUGAAUAGAGUAUGGUAUGUUUAGUUAUUAUAUCAUCACAGUUCUCUGAGAAAAAAAACUUUUCUUACAUUUCCCUCAUUUUACAUCAUUUUCCAUUACCACCAUGAAUAGUGUAAAAAAGUGAUUCUACUGUAUUUUAGGCGUGUGAUGUGAUGGAAACCCCAAAGAAAAAUAUGAAUGUUAAAACAUAUAAGGAGCUAAAAUUUGCUCACAAACUAAACAAACAAAACACUUUCAUAGUAAUAGUCAUAUCAUGUCAGGCAAUCCCAUCCGAAAUGUUAAAUUUCUUACUACAUCACAUUAGGCACACUGGCCUAUAAUCUUAAAUACAUAAAAUAAUUCAAUCAACUGGGAAAAAAAAAAUAUUAAAAUUAAACACACUUAAGUUUGUUGAACUAAAUUAUAAUAGUAAGCUACUUAUAAAUGUGUACUGUACAUGUGUCCAUGAUGACCAAAUGGUUUGUAACACGCAUAAAUAUGUCUCUUGCUCUUCCAUCUUUGUUGUUACAGGAACUGUUCAUAUAUGAAUGUAACAAUAGGAAUUUACUAAAAAUAUUGGACAUUCAUAUUUCGUACAUGUGAAAAGUUUUGAAACUUAGUAUGAAGCAUUUUCUAGAGGUGGGUCGAAAAGUAUCAACCUGAUACUUUGGCACUGAUACGCGCCUGUAUCAGGAACGGCAAACGAGUACACUUGAUAAGUAUCAAGUACUUUAGUAUCAGUUCUGAAUUCGCCUGGAACAACACCACGGCCAAUGUGCGCAGAACCCGAUCGUAGAUGACGGUCACUUGGGCGGAGCUUGUGAAAGGGGAGGGAGCAGGAAUGACGAAUAAGGGAUAAAGAAGGGAAAUAAUGUAGAGAACAGGGUGUCUACUGACCCUGGAAAACCUGGAAAACCUGGAAAAAUCAGGGAAUAUUGUAAUCAGGGAAAAAUCAGGGAAUUUUUGUUUGCUAGGUUGUAGUUGGCGAUACGUUUUUUCUUUAUUGAUCUGCUUGCAUUGACGUAGCAUCAAGUGAAUCGCGCCCCAUUUUUUAUUUUUGAAUGGAAAAUAACGAACAGUUUCCACGUCCAUUUUCUUUUAUUUACCAUCGGAUUCGGAAGUGGCGUUAAAUCACGUGAUACAAACUGGUUCUAGCUGGUCUGUUAUCCUGCUGACGUACGUACUGCAGCAUGUGCUUCCCACGUUCGGAUUAUACCGACAGGUGCAUUUAAUUUUAAGUAUCUAUGGAUGCCCUCAACGUAAACUGGGCAUUUUUGUUAGCUUUGAAAAUACAUAUCACCGACACUUUUGGUGAAGAUUCGCCAUCGUUGCUACAAUAUUGGUAGCUGUGGGCUUCAUACGGUCCAUGGUGCUUUCAAAACUGGAAUUUCUGCUAUACAAUUGGACGUUGUUAGUUUUUUGAGGCACAGUUACUAUUUGUUUAUGCAUGUACCUGCAAGGAGGGCAGAUUACAUUAGAAUAACUGGAUCAGAGCUUUUUUCCAAGAAAUUUUGUGCAAUCAGAUGGAAUACUGCAGUUGCUGAGCGUGCCAUGAAAACGUUACCCCACCUAAAGAAAUUUGUCAGUGAAGUUUCUAUUUCAUCUGUGUCUUUCAGUGUAGUUAAAAGUGCUCUUGAAGAAAGUAAAAUUGACAUUCUUCUACUCUUUGGCAUCAAAGCUGGAAUUGUUUCUCACAAUGUUCCAAAGUGAAACACACAUGGCACCUUUUCUCUAUGAUUCACUGGUAGACAUUUUAUUAGCUUUGGCAGGAAAGUUUUUGAAACCAGAGGUACUGAAGAGCUUUAGGGAGAAACACAAUGUAUCUCGAUUGGAUGUAGAUAACCAGGAAAAUCUAUUGACUGCUUAUCAAGUUGGGUUAUGCAAUACGCCAUGCGAUCAAGAAAGAGAAAUUACCAGUAAAGUCUGUCCUGUUACUGAAAAAUGAUGUUAGGACUUGUCUAAAGGUUAUAGUAAAAAAACUUCAAGACAAAAGUCCCGUAAAGUACAAACUUACCAAGGGAAUUUCCUGCUUAUGUCCGUCUGUGGCUUUAAAUUCGGUUGUGAGGAAACAGUGUGUGAAUUACAGUUUAGAAUGUUGUCUUCAAAACAAGUGGCUAUAAGGACAAGAAGCUGAUAACAUUGAGUGAUCAUAUCAGUUGGUAUGUUCCUCGCCAGAUUCUGAAGAACUGUUCUCGUCUUUUUCUCGAGAAGACUGGCGCCUUGAUCACUUGUGGAUGCUCUUUCUUAAGGCACAUACAGUAGCUGCCAAAACAGGUAUUCUAAAGUUUGUGAGGAUGAUGUUGGUACUUUCCCAUGGAAAUGCAUCAUUGGAAAGAGGAUUUUCAGUAAAUUCUAAUUUGCUGACUGAAAACUUGCAGGAAGCAAUACUGAUCGCACAAAGACAGAUGUACGACUUUGUUCAACGUUCUGGAGGUGUAGAGCAUGUUGAUAUCACCAAGUCCAUGUUACAGUAUUUAAGAAAUGCUAGUUGUAGGCGUAAGGAAGCCCUGCAAACAAAACAAAAAGAAAAGGAAGCUACAGACAAGAAGAAGGCAGAAAAA